UGUAAAUGAUCGCCUGAAGAACAAGUCAUAUAGUGCAGCAGCAGAAUAAGGGUGUAGCAACAGCAUAAGAUAGCACGGGGUGCAGUAUAUCCGUGCCCCACCCAACGGAAGAAGUGUUCUGCUUUAUCUUUUGUCAUUGCUAGUUGUUGAAAAAAACCACUACUGGUCGUCCUACAGUCAGUCCCAUGACAUCUGAUGAGGAUGAUGAGGAUGAUGACGCUGCGGAAGCAGGUCCAUCAAAAGAAGUCUUGAGCAGCAGAAAGCGGACUCCUGAACAACACGAAAAAAAUACACAUGUGGCAACAAAGAAAGCAAGGUCUGAUGUCCAGUCCCAACCACAGCAGGCUACCCCGCCACGAAGAUUGUCUGCAGUUUCUUUGGUCCCACCACUCCAAAUUUUGGACACACCUCCAAGACGCCAACCACACUCCCCUCAUCUUGAUUAUUCUCGAACUGGUACCAGCAUCCCUACGCAACACCAGCAACACAGUGACAUGGAUGAGACAAUCAUUUUACAAAUGCAGCCAGUAAUUGUGGGAAACAGCCCCCCAGCACCUUUACAACGCAUAAUGGAAGAACAGCACAGACAACAGCAAAGCUAUAUCAACAUAUUAGAAAACAAUCAAAUGAUCAAUGAAUCUAUCACCAGAAUUUUAGAAAGUCAAAAUGCUGCAACACGUGAACUCAAUGCCACCCUCACUAAACUCAAUGAAACACUUAGAUCCCAGCACCAACAGCAACCAAGCAGCAGUUCUGGUACGACUACUCCAAUUAUAUCGCCAGUGUCCUCACCACCAAGGCGCUCGACCAGAGCACGCCAACACGACAGUGGUAAAGGCAAAGGCCAGUCCAAGCAGCCACCCAAAAAAACAUGAAACAUAUAGAUCCCGAUUUCUGUUAUGAGAAGAAAAAAAAACACAGUAAGUGUAUGAUUGUCUGAAUAUAUAUAACACUUAGCACCUUGACAAUUUUUACAACAUCAUUAAUUAGAACUGUUACAAACAACAAAAGGAUUUUUUACAUCACAAUUAUUAUUGAACAUCUUUGUAUUUUUUUUAGAGGAGGAAAAUGUUCUUUGAGCUGCACAUUGAUCUUAGCAUGCAUAAACAAUACAACUUGAUUUGAUUAUCUAAUUAAUAUCUCUUGAUUCCAAUCACUCUCAUAUCCUGCAGACAGACUAAUUGGCAGCCAUGCAGAAUGUCUUUAGCAUGCAGAAACAAUACCACUUGAUUUGAUUAUCUAAUGAAUAUUGCUUGAUUCCAAUCACUCUCAUAUCCUGCAGGCAGACUAAUUGGCCGCCAUGCAGAUUAAUCCAUGACCAUUACAACUUACAAUGUGAAUUUUAACUCUUUGACGUUUCUUCUCUAGAAGGCAUUACAAUAAUAACACUAUUGUGUUAGAAAAUAGUGUCCUAACAUGUUGGAAACAAAUUCAGAUAAUUAUUUUGCCAAAUGAUUGACAUUAUUGUUCUGCCAUGUUUGUGUGUGGUAAAAAGGAGUAAUCUGAUUCUAAAACAUGAUGCUGAACCAAAGUAAUUGGAAAUAUUUUUAAUCCAAAAAAAUGUGUCUAAUAAUGGAUAUAUGUUGAUAACUGUGUAUUGACUUACAAAUCUGCAAGUUUCCUCCA